UGAGAACAUUGAAAGACUUCAGCAUAAGGUGCCCUCACAGAACUACAGACUUCUUAACUCCUGAACAGAGGCCUACAACUUUCCUUUAUUGCGUGGUUUCACGAUCUCUGCCUAAGGAGAGGCGUGUACAGUUCAGUUUGAACUGCUGUGCAUUUAGAGGACUAAGCUGGGGUUACCAUGGCAAACAACACGGAGUGUACUGCAGUAGCAGAAGGAUUCCACUGUCUAACUGCAGCCUCAGGGUCAGCAAGUCCAGGUCCCUCCUCAUUUGGGCCUGAAUCUCACAUCCAUGGUAACAGUGUCAGGGCCUGUCAGACACACCACUUUUCAGACAGUUCCCAACACACCUUUGCCUCUUUCGAUACUGGGUGAGUAUUUCAAAGGCUGUCAGUGCCAUGGAAGAAGAGAGGGAGUAUGUGGAGAUUGAGAGAAGACAGGUAAGCCCUUUUAUUUUAAUCUUCACCAUUUCUCUACAUCUUAGCUGGUAUAAAGAAAUUCAAAUAGUUUUAAAUUCCCUUAAAGCGGCAUUCAAUGUUAAACAUCAAAAUAGCACUGCACAUUUUCGUCCCUGAAUAUUUAAGCAUACUCGUAUCAUAUCUGUAUGGCGUUACACUAAAAAAAAUAACAUUGAGUGAAUAUCCUGCCAAAACUCUGACAAACAUAUUAAGUGAAGAAGAGCUCACACAAAGAAAAGCAGGUGUCUAGAUAGCUAAUGUGAUGGAGGAACAGCAUGUGGGCUUAAUGCAAGUUUCGGAGGCGGAGCUCAUGUGCUGCAUUCUGACAUCUUUAUGCACCUUGCAGCUUGCAUUAUAAUUAUGCAGUGCCACUCCGAUAUCCCACGGCCUGUCUGUAACAGAAAAACAUGCCAGUGCCAGACUAAUUGCAUUUGUGAUGCUAAUUCUGUUGUGGAUCAGAGGUGUGUGGGGCCUCACCCUGUAAAUGGGGUUAGGGCACAGGCAUUCAGGACGCCGUCCUUCACUCGUCCAGGAUGACGGCUGCUCCCUGGCCCACUCCCUUGAGUGAUCUAGGCACCGUGGUCUCCGGGGAAAGGGGCAGGUGCUUGUGACAUUACGGGCUGCCAGGUGGGCAUGAUGAAAUAAAACAAUCAGGGUGUGCUUAUGGCUUCCUUUACUCCUUCCCACAUUCAGAGCAAGAAAUAAUCUAAUGUUAAGCUAAGUAUGUAUCUGAAUGUACUCCCCAGUCCCCUGUGCCUAUAGUGUUAAGCUAAAUGUGUAACUGAAUGUAUUCCACAGACCCCUGUGCCUAUAGUGUUAAGCUAAAUGUGUAACUGAAUGUAUUCCACAGACCCCUAUGUAGGGUUGCCACCUGCCCCUUAUAUGGGACAGUUCUGUAUAAUGUGGGACACCACAGUUUAUUUUUCGAUAUGGGGUGAUUCUGUAUUACAAGAGACAGGUGGCAACCCUACCCAUGUGCCUGUAGCAUUAAGCUAAGAGUAUAACUGAAUGUGCUCACCUACCCAUGUGCCUGUAGCAUUAAGCUAAGAGUAUAACUGAAUGUGCUCACAGACCCCUGUGCCUGUAGCAUUAAGCUAAGAGUAUAACUGAAUGUGCUCACAGACCCCUGUGCCUGUAGCAUUAAGCUAAGAGUGUAACUGAAUGUGCUCCACAGACCCCUGUGCCUGUAGCAUUAAGCUAAGAGUGCAGCUGAACGUGCUCCACAGACCCCUGUGCCUGUAGCAUUAAGCUAAGAGUGCAGCUGAACGUGCUCCACAGACCCCUGUGCCUGUAGCAUUAAGCUAAGAGUGUAAUUUGAAUGUACUCCCCAGCUAAGACUGUGGUUAGGUCUUCUCUGUUAGCAUCUAUUUUUUUUUCCAAGGUUAGGUUUUUUUAUUUAUUCAUUCCUCUGGAUUAUUAUACCUGUAUGUUCUGUCUGGAUGAUAGUUAAAGUUUUGUCGUGUAUCUCCUGGCUGAUGUCACACCCCCAAGAUGGCACCAUCCUGCUUCGGGGCACCAUUAUGGAUGCUGGGGUCUGAACGGGGCCACCUGUGCAGCAGGGAACCCCAGGCAUAAUUACACUGCCGUGCCUGGAUCUCUGUGGGUGAGGAAAACGCGGCAGGUGCCAGACAGAGACGGAGAGGUGCCAGACUUAGACGGCAGGGAGCAAAAUAAAGAGGAACAGAGGAACCGUAAAAAGCAGCCGACACGACCGGAGCCUGUAAAUGAGCUCUCAGCUGCCAGUCGGCAAGAGCUGCGCCUGUGUUGGGCCAGCCCGAGCACUGUUUGGGUUCCUGAUUCAUGGAGCUCACAGUCUCCCCAGUACUGACUUUACUGAAUUUGGGUGCCUACAUUAUGGAGCUCACAUCUUCUUCAGUACUGGGUUUAAUUUUCUUACAUUGUGUUAGUGUGAUAAUACUGAUAAGGCAGUGGUCAGACUGAAUGGUGACUUUGUAUGUUGCUUAAGCAGAGAUAGCUAGAGAGUGUUUACCUUACUGGUGCCCCAGCAGCCACCACCGGAGGGGGUCCAGGGGCUGAUCCUCCCAAGAAAGAUUUUCAGCAGAGGCAGAAGGCCGAUGAUGUGUGUGCACACAUAAGCAAGCCGUCGGUUGGUUUUUAAUGGGGUUAUCCUUCUGGUUUCUGUCUGAAACUGGCAUAAGCCGGCAUUCUGUCAGCCAUGAAAGAAGCAACUCGCUGAAACAGCUGUGAAAUGGGACCCUGAGGUCAUGGUUCAGACACAUACUGGGCCUGCACGUCCCUGUUUAUUUUUGUGGAUUUUAUUCCAAUGCCCGGUAUUGUUAGAGACGACAAUGAUGUACUACGUAGCAUGAAGAAGUAACACGCCCUGUCAAACCACAUGUGGAUAAGAGGCCUUGGCCAAAGAGCCAGAGAAUUACCCCUGUUUUUGUUCACAUAAAUAAAUCAUACAAAUGGGGUUAUGUUCCAGAUCCCAGUGGCUUUUCCUCUAUCCCAUAGUAAAUGUGAAUCAGAAAACAACAAAUCCUCCAACUUCGGACAGACUCCACGGUAUCUGUCCCCAGUCCCAGAUUUGGUUUGUGAUUGGCCCGAGAGCAGUGGAUCAUUCGCCUUCUGCUCUCAUCUGCAUUUUCCACGAGCUAGGGCCCCAGAGAUCAGUCGAGCAUCCUUGAAAGUUCGGAUCAAUGCUGGCUUUUUAGUAUUCUUUCCACCUCUAGGUCCAUCCUUCAGUCCUUUGGCCCAGUCGGCUGACUUGCGAGAUUGUGCCCUGGAAGAACUGAUAACUCGCACAUUCGAUGGUUAGAGCACUUGCACACAUACACCUGGAUGGCCAUUUGCAUUCUUGCUCUAUUGACAGUGGAGGUAUCAAGUGGGUACCAGGCUGAACCCAGAGCUCCCAAAGUCGUCUGCUGUUGUGGGAGAAGGGGGACCUCAUUUGGCUAUAUGUUCAAGUAUCUAAAAUAGGGUUCUCAAUUUCUGGUUUUGUAGGGCCAGUCUGCAACACAGUUUGCAGCUUUCCCUGCUCAAAUACACCUAUUAAACCUGGCAAUUAACUGGUGAGCUGAAUAAGGUGUGUUUGAGCAGGAAAAUCGGUGUAGACCCAAAUUGGGGAACCCUGGUCUAAAACUUAAUGUCAGCUGUUAUACUGUCACUCUCUAACUCACUAAUUUUAUUAUUGAUGUAAGACUAAAUGUGUAAUUUUAACAUUGCCGCACUUGUACUUGCUGUGAAAUGAGUGUGGCCAUGUACCCGCAGAGCUCAUGCCUGAAAUAUUUUGGCAUGGCGUAGCUCAUUGACAGGCACGGCAAGGCCAGUAGCCGCGGUCACCACGAGCGCCGUCGUGACGUCUUUCAGAGCCGGAGCCCAUGGGGAGUCAGAGCUGCGGAAGCCAGGCUCUGACGCACUGGAAAGAGAUCACAGUCCGUGUUUCCUCUCUCUGCGAAGAUGCCUUUACCUCUCAGUGGAAACUCUUAACACAUCUGCAUGCUCACGUCGAGUUCAGAAGGACCUCACAGAAGGCAAGGGUCCGGAGACCAUUUUUGCCGGCUCUAAUCUGAAUGAUAACGAGUGGCACACGGUACGUGUGGUCAGAAGGGGGAAGAGCCUGAAGCUGACCGUGGAUGAGCUGCAGCCCGUGGAAGCUCAAAUGACAGGUGACCACACACAGCUGGAGUUCCACAACAUCGAGACGGGCAUCGUGACAGAGAAACGUCAUAUGUCCAUGGUGCCGUCCAACUUCAUCGGGCACCUGCAGAGCCUGACCUUCAAUGGAAUGGCCUACAUCGACCUCUGCAAGAAUGGCGACAUCGACUACUGCGAGCUCAAUGCCAUGAUUGGCUUCAAGAACAUCAUUGCUGACCCUGUGACCUUCAAGUCUCGCUCCAGCUACAUAUCGCUGACCACUCUUCAGGCCUACUACACCAUGCACCUCUUCUUCCAGUUCAAGACCACCUCCUCCGACGGCCUCAUCCUGUACAACAGCGGGGAUGGCAACGACUUCAUCGUGGUGGAGCUGGUCAAGGGGUACCUGCAUUAUGUAUGGGACCUUGGAAACGGGCCAAGCCUCAUCAAGGGGAAUUCCAACAAGCCACUCAACGACAACCACUGGCACAACGUGAUGAUCUCCCGUGAUGCCAACAACCUGCACACAGUCAAGAUUGACACCAAGGUCACCACGCAGAUCUCAUCAGGGGCGAAGAACCUAGACCUGAAAGGCGACCUGUACAUCGGAGGGCUGGCCAAGGAGAUGUACAGGGACCUGCCCAAGCUGGUGCAUGCCAAAGACGGCUUCCAGGGGUGCCUGGCGUCGGUGGACCUGAACGGGCGCCUGCCGGACCUGAUGUCAGACGCCCUGGCUUGCGUAGGGCAGAUCGAGAGGGGUUGUGAAGGCCCUAGCACGACCUGCCAGGAGGACUCCUGUGCCAACCAGGGCGUCUGCCUGCAGCAGUGGGAGGGCUUCACCUGCGACUGCAGCAUGACCUCCUUCGGAGGGCCGCUCUGCAACGACGCGGGAACGACGUACAUAUUUGGGCGCGAUGGUGGUCUGAUUAUCUACACCUGGCCGCCGAAUGACCGGCCCAGCACACGGGCAGACCGGCUGACGGUGGGCUUCAGUACGCAGCUGAAGGAUGCAGUGUUGGUGCGAGUGGACAGCUCCUCUGGACUUGGGGACUACCUAGAGCUACACAUCGAGAAGGGAAACAUUGGUGUAGUAUUCAAUGUUGGGACAGACGACAUUUACAUCGAAGAGACGACAAAGUUUGUAAAUGACGGGAAGUACCACGUAGUACGGUUUACGCGGAGUGGUGGUAACGCCACGCUGCAGGUGGAUGACCUACCUGUCAUUGAGCGGUAUCCCACAGGCAACAUUGAUAACGAACGCCUGGCGAUUGCUAGACAGCGAAUCCCAUAUCGACUUGGUCGAGUAGUUGACGAAUGGCUACUCGACAAAGGCCGCCAGCUCACUAUCUUCAACAGUCAAACCACCAUUAAGAUUGGGGGCAAGGACCGCAGUCGGCCAUUCCAGGGCCAGCUGUCCGGCCUCUACUACAAUGGCCUCAAGGUGUUCAACAUGGCACUGGAGAACGACCCCAACAUCAAGAUCGAGGGCAGUGUGCGGCUGGUCGGCGAGUCGCCUUCGUCCAUCACGCCGCAGUCCAGCGCCACCGCCAACCGCUCAGAAACCUCCACCUCCAUUGUGGAGAUCACUACCACCACCGCUUCCAGUCGCCAGGGGAAGCAGCCCACACCCAGGGAGCCCCAGCAGACGACAGACGACCUGCUGGUGGCAUCAGCGGAGUGUCCAAACGACGACGAGGACAUCGAUCCGUGUGAGCCAAGCUCAGGUGGGUUAGCAAACCCAACGGGUUCUGGUGGCGGGGGUUACCCGGGUCCCUCGGAGGUGAUCCGCGAGUCCAGCAGCACCACGGGAAUGGUGGUGGGCAUUGUGGCGGCCGCGGCCCUCUGCAUCCUCAUCCUCCUCUACGCCAUGUACAAGUACCGCAACCGUGACGAGGGCUCCUACCACGUGGACGAGAGCCGCAAUUACAUCAGCAACUCGGCGCAGUCCAACGGCACCGUCGUCAAGGAGAAGCCGGCCAACAGCGCCAAGAGCUCCAACAAGAACAAGAAAAACAAAGACAAGGAAUACUAUGUGUGAUCCUGCACGUUUGAGCCAUUGCCGGUCCUGGAACUCAAUUCAAGAGGCGAUGAGAAGACCCACAUAUGUAUAUUAACAAAACUCGAAUGAGAGAAAAAAAAACAUUUAGUCUUCAUUUUAUCAAAGACGUGACAUAAAGAAAAACAAAAAAAAAAAACAUAUCUGACUUUGUACUCAAGCACAUUAAACUAUGAGGUGAGGCAGAUGAAUCUCC